AUGACCAUUUUCUUCUUCUUACGAUGCUUUCAAGGUGUUAUCCAUUGGACUUGUUCCUGUUAUUUGGCUCCACCUAUCUUCUUUCCAUAUUCUUUCUCUUUCUUCUGCCAUCGUUUGCUUCCUUCUAGCAUGCAUUCUUUUACAUCUUUGUCGUUUUUUGUUCUUAUAGACUUUCCUUUUCCUUAUUUCCAUUUUUCUUCUCGUCAUUCAUUUAAGUUUUGUUUUUUGCUUUUAUUCGUCUACUUUCGCUUUUCACUUUCAUACCGUUUUUUUUUUUUUUUUUUUCAUUUACUUCAAUUUCUCUCUUUUUCUGGUUCUUCUUUCUCUUCUUUGUAUUCACCUCGCUUUCGCUUUCUCCUUUUUUUCCUUCUACUGUCCUUCCUAUUUUUAUCCUCCAGUUCUUUUUCGCUAUCUUCUUUUUUGCUCUGCUCCUCUUUUUUCCUUCUUCUCUUCAUUUUUUCUUUCUUUUUCGUCUCUUCUUUUUCUUCGGUUCUGCAACUCUUCAUCUUCGUUGUUUUCCUCUUCUUUUUCCUCUGUUUUCCUUUUUUUUCUUUUGCUGCUUUUCUUGUUUACUUUUUAUGUUGCUUUAUUUUUCUUCUGCUCUUCUUUCUCUUCCUAUUCUUUUCUUCUUCUUCUUCUUCUUCUUCUUCUUCUUCUUCUUCUCCUUCUUCCGUUGCUCUCUUUUUUUCUUCUACUUAUCUUCUGUUGUUGCUUAUUUUCUUUUGUUGCUCUCCUUUUCUUCUGUUGCUGCUCCUUCUUCUUUUCUUCUUCCCUUUUUCUUAUUUUUUCCUCUACUCUUUCCUCUUUUGCACUGCUUUCUUCUCCCUGUCCCACCUUAUUUCUUAUCUCCUUCUAUUUAAUCUUCUCUGUCUUUUUCUUUUCUAUCUCGUCUCUCCCACUCCUUCUAUAUAG